AUGGGGCACUGCCACCAUCCUCCUCCUCAUCCUCCUCCUCAGCAUCACCCCGCGGCCCUUAAGCUCAGCCCUGCCCCUCAUCCCCACCACCAGCUCCACCACCACCAUCAUCAUCAUCAUCAUCAUAUGGCAGGGCAAAAAAUCUCUAGUCAAACGGCAGCGUUUGGCCCGACGCAGUCACCAGCAGCCCCUUACCCCGUCUCUCACCCAGCCCAGGCUCUGGCAGCAGGUAGCUACCCCGGACACCAUGGUCACCACCACCACUCAGAAGCUGGGAAUCCCUCUCUGUUCACUGGACUCCAUGAGCAGCCUCCCCAUGCAGCUCCAGGUGGCCAUCUAAACGGACAGAUAAGACUGGGGUUACCUGGAGAAAUGUACGCCAGGUCUGAACAUUUCACUCAAGUACCAGCAUCCAGGACAGAGCCUUUUGCUGCUUCUUCACUUCAUAGCUACGGUGGCAUGAACCUGAACGUGAACCUGGCUCCACAUCACGGCCCGGGUGCCUUCUUCCGUUACAUGAGGCAGCCCAUCAAACAGGAACUCAUCUGUAAAUGGAUUGAGUUGGAUCAGACUCCCAAAAAAUUAUGCUCGAAAACUUUCAGCACGAUGCACGAGCUGGUGACUCAUGUCACGGUGGAGCACGUUGGAGGACCCGAGCAGUCCAAUCACAUAUGUUUCUGGGAAGAGUGUCCAAGAGAAGGCAAACCUUUCAAGGCCAAAUAUAAACUCGUAAAUCACAUCAGAGUCCACACAGGUGAAAAACCUUUCCCCUGCCCUUUCCCAGGCUGUGGCAAAGUGUUUGCCAGAUCAGAGAAUCUCAAAAUACACAAAAGAACUCAUACAGGUCAGUAUGUAAAGCUCUCUUUACUCUCUCUCUCUCUGUUAUUCAGCAUACUGUUUUGCUUUAUUUUGUUUUGUUUGGUUUGUUUGUUUUUUCUAAUGUAUCCUUUGCGUUGUUAUUGAAUGCACUCCAAGCACUUCUGGAAAAUAAAUUCUCGGAUUUGUUUGCUUCUUUAACGUUUGGAGGAGAGGGGAGAAAAAAGUGGGGGGAAGAGGAAGCGAG